AUGGCGAGAUACAUGCAGCUCGCCGUGCUGGUGGCGGCGCUGAGCGCGCUGUGCGCGGUCGACGUGCUGACCGCAUCGAUCGACUCGAGCGGCGCGCCGCGGGGGGCCGACGCGGCCGACGCCGCCAAGACGAUCUCGCCGAGCGGAGACGGAGUCCCCGCCGCGACCGGGGAAGCGGCCGCCAAGGCAGACGCCGUGGCCGCCGCCGAGGAAGACGCCGACCACGUCCGCGACAAGCGGCGCCUGCCCGACCCCGGCUUCAUCAUCCCCGCCACGCCCAUGGGCUUCUCCAAGAACGGCCAGCCCGCGCAGCAGGCGACCCCAGCGCAGCCGCAGGAGGCGCGGUCCGAGCGGCAGCCCACGCCGUCGACGCCGUCCCAGGCCGAGAGGAAGACGUCGUCCAUGGCGGCGUCCGCGUCGUCCGCCUACCCCACCCGCGGCUCCUACUCCUACGCCGACUCGGUGACGGCGCAGACCCGCCAGAAGAAGGCCCCCGCGCUGCACAAGUCCGGCAAGCCCGUGCCCGGCUCCAGGGAGGCGCCGCUCGGCCGCGAGGAGCACGUCAGAGCGCUCAAGUCCUUCCUGGAGCAGACGCGCAAGCUGGGCGUCCCCGACGAGCAGGCCCUCAAGCUGCUCGACAAGGAGCUGGCCAAGGCCAAGCGCCAGGGUCCGGCCUACCGCCCCGUGUACCACGCCACGCCGCUCAAGCCCUACGGAGCCCUCAUCAACUUCAACCAGGCGCCCUACGAGAAGCACCAGCUCAAGGGCAUGAAGCCCAUCAAGGAACAGCAGAACGACAUCCCCCCGCCCAACAAGCCCAUCGUGGUGGAGUCCGACCGCCAGAUCCUCGGCGCCAAGGCGACGCCGUCGCCCGCCCCGAUCCCCGGCCAGCACACCGAGGCCCUGGUGACCCCCAACGGGCCGCUGCGCGUCUCCGUGCCCAAGCAGAUCGAGCCCCAGCACCUCCUGCAGUCGUCGCAGAAGUUCAACCCCGUGCAGCUCUCCGGACCCCUCUCCGGCGCGCAGCACUCGUACCAGACCAUCUCCCUGCCCGUGGCCAGCUACAAGCCGGAGGAAGCCUACCAGACUCUGCAGUCGCUGGACCACAGCCAGUACCUGCAGGCCACGCCCAUCGAACAGACCGUGGACUCGGAGACCCCCGUCUCGCUGGAAGCCAUGCACAGCUACCCCGCGCCGGAGCAGCACAUCAUCGGCGCUCCUAUUCAGCAUGAGCAUGUAAUCUCCACCGUCGCCGCCCCGCAAGUGACCGUGGAGGAGGUCCACCAGCCCGUGUACGUGUACCGCCAGGAAGAAGUCAAGAUCCCCCCGCCCCAGGCGGAGGUCCACGUCGAACUGCCCGCCAAGCAGGUCAUCCACGAGCCCGUUCACCAGGGCGGCCUCUACCACGACCAGAAGGAGCACCCCGAGGAGUACGCGUCCCAGUACCGCUUCGGGUACCGGGUCCGCGACCAGCACGCCGGCAACGACUUCGGGCACGCCGAGACGCGCGAUGGCAAGAUGACCAAGGGCGAGUACUUCGUGACGCUGCCCGACGGCCGGCUGCAGAGCGUCAAGUACUGGGCCGACCAGGGCGGCUACCACGCGCAGAUCUCGUACACCAGCCACGCCGCCCACCCCGCGCCGGCACACUGAAAAACGUUUUGAAAGCCCGAAACACCGUGUUGUUCGUCGCCCACAAGCCUGUGAUUCCUUGUUCUGGCGACCAGAGACUGUCACUUUGUACCUAUUUUGAAACCUAGUCAGCUCUAGGACCCCGCGCCAUGAAAGAAAACCGGUACUACUGCCAGGAUUUUCUGUUUUAAAAAUGAUAUUGAGGCGUUGUUGGCUCUGGCAAACUAGUUUUGAAAUCGGCAUAAUCUCUCUGGACCGUCAAUAUGCCUGUAACUUCUGAAAUUUGAAACAAGCGGCCAUAGCCUGUAUGACUUUUGUUGUUUGCCCAUUGUAGUUAACGUAAAUUUUUAUUUAAAUCACUUGUUGACUAGUUGGUAGUUUGAUUUAAGUUGUUGUUGUUUUUAUGAUAAGUAGGAAGAUGUAAUAAGACCUAGACCAAAGCUAGUUGGUGGUAUUACAUUUCAGUUUGUACUUAAGAAUCCAAGUGAAAUGUGUGUCAAAAUAUUUAUUAUCGCUUUUAAAUGAGAUGUUUCUUUUUUGUGUAUUUUAUUUUUUUAUUAUUUUUUUUAAAAAAAGAGGAAAUAAAACAGGAAACUGCCCAGCGCGAGAGUUUCACUGGAGUGAUAUUUC